CUGACGUCAUCAUUAUGUUGCGUUAGUGUUUCAAGCUGGCAGAGGCCUAUUAGGUAACAGGCAUAGGUACGGUCACUGAAAAACUUGAUAUCAAAAGUUUGACAAGACUCACCAGUGGUGUUCUGUGGUCGAUCUCAUAUGUGCACUAAGAGCUUCCUGUUUGGAGAAGAGAGUUUUCUACUCGUAGAACUGAACUGGAAAACUGGAGACUGAGUGACUUCCUUAUUUGAGCUGGAAACACACAGAGACUCAAGUUAUGGCGCUUAGGACUCCAUGCCGAAACAAGAAUGUCCAUGCAAUUGUGCACCUCUCUCUUCAACUCAAGUUUAUUGAAGAAAUGAAGAAGAAUAUGUCGUUAAAUCACAUAUGAUCCUGUCUGCUUAUCUCAUUGGCUGAAGGUUGAGUAGCACGUAAAACUGAAAAUGAAUCAGGGGGGACAAGAAAAUCAGGGGACAGGACUGAGAGAUGUCUUAGACAUACUAGUUAAGGCACCUCCGCAACGGCUGCUAAGCCUGACAUUCCAGCUGGGUGAGUCUCCUGAAGAAAAUAUCGUACACGCCUUAUGUCUGAUCCUGCUCCAGAAAGAGGAGCGGGCCCUGAACAAACUCCAGAUGCUGAAGGACAACUACCUCGCUAACCAUCUAGCUGAGAAGUGGCAGAUGAGUGGAGGCAAAUUUGAAGAUUUUGCUGAUCAUUGUGGUCAUUUUCAAGAGUUUACAGGAGAUUUUUUGGCACUGUUGGCUCGUCUUUUCAAGGUUUUGUCAGAACAGAGGCUGUGUGAUCCACCUCUGAGAAAUCUGGCGUAUAAGAGAGCCCUUUCCAGUGACAUUCAAAAAACAAGCAAAUGUAAGGAUCUAGAGUAUGAUCUGCUCAAAGAGGAAGCUAAAAAUGUGUGUGGGCCUCAGUUUGCAGAGUUUAUUUGCUCCCCAAAGGAUCUCAAGUCAGGGUCUUACCAUGAUCCUCUUAGCGGCUUGGGUGAAGGAAACCCAACUUUAAAAAUUACCCUGUCUCAGGAUCAGUCAGAGAGAGCUCACAGUCUGCCCAGCCCACUGCAGGCGACCUCUUCAAUACCCUCAUACCCCACUCAUCUAGAGAUAAGUAUACCUCCAACAGCCUCAUUUCAAGACGACAAAAUAAUUCCAGAAACAUCAGAUAAAUCCAAACUAAACAAUGCCGUCCUUGUUGGUGAACGUGAAGCAAAAAAUGCACUUGGGCAAUCUCUCACAUCUCAGCCUAAAUCCAGUGAACCCCCUAUGUUUGGUGUAAAGAAACCCUCAAAGAUGGAUGGCACAUUAGCCGCAGAGGGCAGUAAGUCGGACAGUCUUAUCACUCGAUGGGAGACUCUAAACCGAACCACUAAACCAACCACUGAACCAAACUUUGCGCUACCUACUGCAACAAACAUUUUCCCACCCAAGAUGCCUGUUCCAAAUGAAAUGCAUGAAAGUAAAGAUGCAGAAGAGGAGGAAAAGCCAACAUUUUAUCCAUUUGUUAUCUUGCAUGCACCGGAGGAUGAAGAUGUGGCCGAGAGCAUGAGAGAAAGACUGGAAACAUUGAUGCGAGUUGAUGGGGAAGGUGCAACUUUUUCAGGGGACUUUGCCGAGCCUGGAAAGAGCACUUUGAGGUGUGUAGAGGAUGCUAUCAACAACUCGGCCUUCACUCUUCUGCUGCUUACCUGCAACUUUAACACCCGCAUGCUGGAGAUGGAGACAGACUCUGCCCUUAUCAACUCCAUGAACAAGAAACACAAGUACAACACCGUUAUCCCUCUGCUGCCACUGGAGAACUGCAUGCCCAGAGAGAGCAUCCCUUUGGUUUUGCGGACAUUAAAUCCCCUCAGGGAGAACAGCAGCUUCGAAAGGCAAUUAAAUAAGUGUUUGUCUCCAGCGAAGAUUAAAAACCAGAGAAAAAUCUGGACAGCAGAGCAGACAGUAAAAAUGCAGCUGGAGAGACAGGAGAGACUAAAGAAUUUAAACCAGUACCAGAAGCAGUUGAUCAAAGAGUGCAGCACAGCACAGUUGCUGGAGAAAGAGAGCCUGAGCCUUUUAAUGGCACAAAAUCUUAUUUUCAGCCCCAGUGUUCCACCAGAACAGGACGGUGGUGAAAGCAGUGUUCGGUGGCAACAACAACAACAACCAAAUAUUCAUAUUGAAAAUGCUAGGUACAUUAUGAUUGGUAAUGACUCUCAAAUGACUGUGGAUUUUGGCGGAGGUGCAGACAAAGAAGAUUCCAUUCACAGAGAGGAGGAGCAAUAACCUCAAAGAGGAUAUUUUCUGGAGUAAAUUUUUUUUCUCAAAAAAACAAAUGAGAGAAAUCAUGUUUUGUCUAAACACUAAAAUGUCAGAGCUGUAAUAACCAUUGUGGGGUAUUUACUGCAGAUUGCUUCAUUGUAUUUACAGUAAAUGUGUUGGUGAAAGCAAAUUCAAUAAAACUGUCAAAAGAGCAAUUAAGUGCCAUCUUAAUGAUUUCAGAGGACGCCGUAAAGAGAGUCUAUUAAGCAGAUCCGUUUCAGAUGAAUAUUUAGCAGAGGACUGCCAUCUACUGAUAAUGUGUGUGUAUACUUCCUGAUCUCAGCAGCUGCAUGAACCCACUGUAGACACUAGGGAGCAAUGUUGUUCCACGCUCCUCAUUGCUCUCCACAGGAUCUUUGAAAUGCAGUGUCAUCCAAUACCACCACUGUUCUGGUAUCUGAGAGCCAAAAGAGAUUAAAUCAAAUAUUCAUGUUUUCCAUAGUAAUGUUUACACGGGUGUGUGCAGGUUUCUGUAACCGUAACCUGUAGUGGUCAGAUCAGGCUUCUAGCAGUUAAAAAAAUCUCCAACAUUUGAUCUUUUAUAUCCCUGGCUGACUUUGACUUUUAUAUCCUCUCAUUUGAACUGAUGUCACUUUCUUUCCUGUCUCUGUCACAACUCUCUUCCAUGUUUGGAGAUAUCGAGGACGACGGCAGCAAGCAGCAGGUUGUUAACAAUGUGUUGGAGACAUGAACAUCACUGGUUGCCACUAACUAAUAGAAAAAGAUUUGACUGGUCUGAUGCUGAGGUACAAGUGCUCCUUUAUACCUGCAGCCACUUCCUUCUUAAAUAGGGGUCAGAGGAGGAGUCUUAUUUGAUCUCUUGACUACCUCAUUACGUCCUCUUUCUUUUCUUUUCUUUUCUUUUCUUUCUUUAUUCCUUGGUUGGUUAUACAUUCUAGUCUGUUGACUAUGUGUUGAGGAUGUCAGAAACGUCGAUGAAAGGGGUUGCUGAUGCAACGUAAUGGAUGCUGAUGUUGUUGACGAUGGUCGUUGUGUCAACUUUGUAGGUCGAUACGCACUUUUUCCUACCCUAUGUAGGUUACUUUGACGCUGCUAUCCAUGCACCUUGUACUGGUAUUCAUUUGUCCUCGUACUGUUAGGGUUGUGUUCCAGUUGGACUGUGUGUAGAACUUGUAUUUAUGUGUCUUGUAUGUGUUUAUACUUGCUGCACACCUAAUCGCCCUUCGGGGACACAAAUAAAGUUGAAGUUGAA